AGCAGCUGGAGUUUCGGAUGCGUCUCUGCAUUAUUCGCUGUUAAAGAAUCACUCACAUUGGAACCAGAGCUCCUGAACUCACCCGAACCGAAAGCAGCUCCAGAUAAUGUCACAGUGCACACCAGCGGUGAUAUGAACGGACAGGGCAAGACGAAGAGGAAAGUGGCCAUUACAGGCAUAAUCGGUCAGGAUGGUUCAUACCUGGCUGAGUUUCUGCUGGCUAAAGGUUAUGAGGUUAAUUGGAUCCUCCACCGGUCCAGUUCUUUUAGCACAGGCCGGAUCGAGCACCUCUAUCAUAACCCUUAAACGCACUUGAGGGAACUCGGUCUAUGCGGCGACACCAUUGACGACUUCACCCAGCAGUUCUCAGCAGUGAAGAAACCGAUGGAGGCCAUUCCUGCAUCAUGCCCCGCCGCCAUACCAGCACGGGCCAUAUUCGGUGCAAAUUUUGUAACUAGAAAGAUCAGUCGCUCUGUGGCAAAGAUCCACCUCGGGCAGUUUCAGUGCUUCAGCCUGGGCAAUCUGGACUCCAAACGAGACUGGGGUCAUGCCAGAGAUUAUGUGGAGGCUGUGUGGCUGAUGCUUCAACAGGAGGAGCCUGCAGAUUUUGUCAUUGCAACAGGAGAGGUGCACAGUAUAUGGGAAUUUGUUGAGAAGGCCUUCAAACACGUGGGCAAAACCAUUGUGUGGGAAGGGAAGGAUGAGAAGGAGGUGGGCUGCUGUCAGUAUACAGGAGCCAUCCAUGUGAAGGUUGAUCUGAAGUACUACCGGCCAACUGAAGUGGACUAUUUGCAUGGAGACAGCUCCAAUGCCUUGAAGAAGCUGGGCUGGAAACCACAUGUGAUAUUUGAGGAGCUUGUUACAGAAAUGGUGGCCGCAGACAUCGAGCUCAUGUGUAACAACCCAAAUGCCUGAGCCCACACGCCUUAGUCUCCACGCAUGCCAAAGGAGCAGUUUUCAUGUGUUUGAGUGUGUGAUUCAGCCACAGGAAGAAGCAUUCAACUGAAUUUAUUUUCCUCUGUCUAUCAUUUCCCCCCAAAUCCAUUCUGACCCCACUUCCACUGUGUAUUGAAGGUUCCAGGAUUUGCCUUCCUCCAUUAAAGGAAUAUUCUGGGUUUAAUACAAGUUCGACCAUGCUCAAUCGACAGCAUUUGUGGCACAAUGUUGAUUAUAAAAUUAAUUUUGACUUGCCCCUCCUUUUUGUGGAUGUGAAUGGGGCCAAUCCGUAAACGUUAAAAUACAAACUUUUUCAAACGUAUAGCUACUAGACGUAAACAAUAAUCAUGUUAACAUGAUUAUAGUGUGCUAAAAUUGCGUGCUAACCUUUUCUGUGUAAAGUUAUAGCCAAUUUUAAAACUUUUUUGUCAUGAUGACGUAAUGUCAGUUACAAAUAACUAAAAGCUCAUCUAUCUUGAACAGUGGUCGGCAGCAAAAUUGAUGAUUUAAUCAAAUUUGCAACUUGAAUAUUACCCAAGUUUUAACAGAAGAAUGAAUGUAAGUGGUUUUAUAAAAUUAUAAGCUUCACAUUUCUGCCUUAACCCUCCAGAAAUAAGCCCCAUUCACUUCCAGUGAAUGUGCCUCACUGUUAUCGAAUGUUUUUUUGUUUUGUUUUUUUCUAAAGAAAAGGAGGGACAUGUCCAAAUUCAUUUUUGUGGUAAUCAACAUUGUGCCACACAAAAUGUCACAGUUCUGGUUGUGUAUGGAUUUGUAGUUUAGUUCUCUUACUAAAUUAUUUCUUUAAGUGUUUAAAGCUGUUUAUAUUAAGAAUUAUGUUGAGGGUCCCUGGUGUUGCAUUUCUCCAUUCCUUAGUACUGUUACAUUUCUUGUUAUGUGUAUGGAUUAGAUUUUUUUUCGCUGUCUAAAUU